CCGGUCGCCGAUAGAUGGAUAGGAGAUUCCCUUCAUUGACCAUCUCGGGUAGCCUACACGGCCACGCUGACUGCAAGUCCAUACAGAGACGAAACAUCGCUACUCUCCGUACUCAUUGCUAGGAUGGAAAACCUAGGAACGACCGGUCGGUCCUUGAAGGGGCUUCGAGGGCCCGGCGACAGGUAUAUAUCUAUCCAUCCCGAUCGCCUUCAUAUGAGACCCGGAGAACGACCAAGCACAACUCACAAACCAACUUGACCUUCGAGUCAAUCUACAGUCCUUUCCUCUUGACCUCACACUCCUUUAUCCAAGUGCAUAGUCACUUCUUACUUUCGUUUAUACUGCUAGACAGCAUACCCUCGCUUCUCAACCCAAGAACUUGAGUCACCAUGGUCGGCGUUACUAACAUCCUCACCCUCCUGGCGGCUACCGCCGUCAUCGCCACCCCCGUGCCUAACGAGGAGUUCUCCCUCGAAGCCCGCGCUGGUCAGUCCUAUAUCUGCCGUGGUGGCCUCACCAACAAGGGCGAGCUCUUUGGCGAAGUCAGCCAGGACCGCGCCAUCGGCUUCUUCCGCAAUGCGAAGACCAAUACCGGCGCCAGCGGCUACCCUAAGGAGUUCGACAACAAAGGCAAGGUCAUGAAGUUCGCCAAGGGCUGCACCAAGGACGUCUGGGAGCUUCCCCUGCUCUCAACCAACAAGCCCUACGCCUUCAACUCGAAGAAGGCGGGCAACCGCCCCGGGCCCCUGCGCGUCUACUACACUAAGGACCUCAAGUUCUGCGGCAUCGGCAGCAAGCCCACCCGCGAGGGUCUCGGCAACCCGCACAACUGCGAGUUUAAGACCAAGAGCCCGGCCAAGUCCAAGCCGAAGCCGAAGCCAGCCCCCAAGCCGGCUAAGCCCCAACCCACCAAGCCCAAGACUAAGAAGCCCAAGACCAAGAAGCCUAAGGCGUAGAGGCCCAAGGCGUAGAGGUCCCAGGCGGACGAGUCUAAGGUCAUACGUAUCCGAGGCAUAGAGUGCUCUCGCUGGUGGAACGGGCGGGUCGCCGUUUCUUGUACGACUUAUUUUUACUAUCACGAGCCGGAUGACACUACAGGGAGGGUUGGGUAUAUAGAAGGAAAGGG